UUCAGUUCUGUUAUUCAGUAUUCCCAGUCAGUUGUGCUUUGGCUGGCGGUCGCGACAGUUGGGAGCUAACGCGAUAUUGCCGGUUGGUAACGUCGUCGUAACGUCGGUUCGGCCUCCAAUAACGUAACGUAACGUAAACAAUUUGUUUUGAGGGGGCGGCUCGUUUGGCGCAUUUUUUCGUGAGUUAUUAAAAUGCGAUAAAAGCCAGUGAAUCGUGCAUUCAAUAAGAACCGAAACGAAGCGUAAAUUCAAAUAAACCAAAGACUAAUCGAAGCCAAAAAUCAAAAGACCGCCUCGAAAAUGUUGACCUGCGUGUGUCGACCCGUCUCCGGCAACCUGCCCAAGAUGCCGCCCGCCUCCCUGAUGCCCGCCCACAGGGCAUCGUCAUCAUCAUCGACAGCCUCCUUGGCCUUUGUCAGUCCCACGCGAGGAGUGGUGGUGACCUCCGAGCCCAAGCUGAAUGUGCCCAGCAGGCUGACGUCAGCCGAACUGAGGGCGAUGGCAUUGAGACAGCAGCAGCAAAUCGACAGCCAGCACCAGCUGCUGGCCACCAAGGAGCAGCGCCUGCGCUUCCUCAAGUCGCAGGAGGUGCGCAGCGCCGUGGCCAGCGCGGAGGGCGAGCGGCUCCGCCGCCUCAGGGAGCGGGUGGAGGCGCAGGAGUCCAAGCUGCGCCGCCUGCGAGCGCUGCGGGGUCAAGUGGACUUGCAGAAGACCUACAAUGUCACACUGAGCAAUGACUUGGACUCGAUUCGUGCCCUGUUUAGCGAGAAGGAGAAGGAGCUCAGUCUGGCGGUGGCCAAAGUGGAGGCCCUAACCCGCCAACUGGAGGACCUGCGACGUGACCGUCGAUGUCCUGUGAAUAUCCUGGCAGCCGCUGGCUCCGCUGUUGGCCAGGCCCUUCCUCCCCAAGCAUCCCGCGAACUGGAGAAGCUGCGACGCGAGCUGAUGUACCGCAACCAGUUGUCGCUGCAGCAGGAUGCACGGUUGCACAUGCAACGCGAGGCCCUGCAGCAGCGACAGGCGGAGCUACGGUCCGUGGACCAGCGUAUUUACGAACUGCAGACGCGCCUGCAGCGCAAAAAGCAGGCCAACACCCAUCACCAGCAGCAGCAGCAACAUCAGCAGCAGCAACAACAACAGACAACCGUGCAGCAGCAACAGCAACAGCAAUUGCAUGUUCAGUCUGCUCAAUUGCUGGCGGCAGCAGCAGCAGCAACUGCCCAACAGCAACAACAACAACAGCAACACCAGAAGCAGCAACAGCAACAGCAGACUUUGGCCUACCAGCAACCUGCCGGCAAUCUGGCCAAACACGGCGGAGUUGCGGCCCUCAAGCAGCAACUGUUGCAGAAGCAGGUCAAUCAACUGGCAGCUGCUGCCGCCGCCGCUGCCGCCGGACGAGCCCGCGGCAAUGUGGCCGCCGUCGAACCCUUCAUCCACACGCCCCAAAAAUCGACCAUCACGAGCACCGCCAGCUACUUGAGUGGCGGAAUGAAGCAUGCAGCGGCCACGGCCAAUACCAACCAGCAGAAUCAGCUCAUCCAGGAUCUGACCCAUGUCAAGCUGGGCCAGAACAGUGGUUUCUUUGCCGGAUCCGUGCCCGUACCCGUGCCGGUCGCCAGUUCGAGUAGCGAAAGCGACGAGUCCAAGCUGGCCAAGAAGCUGCUGGCGGGGACGGGUGCGGGUGCGGUGACGGCUCCUGCGAAAACGGAGGCCGAGUUGCGCAAGCAGGCGCAAACGGAGGCCAUGGAUAGUACCACACAUAUCUACGCGGAAGUGGGACCCAAGAAACGAGAUCGAGAAGCAGCCGCAGCAGCAGCGGCAGCAGCAGCGGCAGCAGCAGCCGCAGCAGCAGAAGCAGCAAGUCAAGCAGCAACUGCAGCACCAGCAGCAGCAGCCACAGGAGCAACAUCUCCACCCGCCACUGUGAAUGUUAGUAAAAUCCCCAAGAGCAUUUCCUCGAGCAGCGCCAGCAGUUCCGCCUCCGCCUCCGCCCUGAUAAGCAAACUUAACCAGCAGGCCACGUCGAAGGAGAGCCAGGAGCAGCAGCAGCAGCAGCAGCAGCAGCAGUUGCAAAUCAAGAAGAACGAGAUUUCGGUGACCAGUGAAACGCUAUCCGAACGCAACACACAGCAGCAGCUCACCGUGCACAGCAUGCCUUUGGGGGCGAUAAGCAAAUCGGUGGCCCUGGCCCCCGUGCCCAAUGCCUCCAAGCCGCUCCAGGUGCAGGUGGGCAAUCUGGCGGUGCCGCCGCGCAAGCCCAUCAGCAGUGUGGCCCCCAAUUCGGUGAGCAGCAGCAGCUCCAUACCCAAAAUGAUCACCUACAGCCCGAAGGUGAACCGUGUGGCGCCCAAUGUGGUGAUGGCGGAUCCCCGUCCAGCCCUGCCGCCCAAGCCCAGCAAGAUGUCGCCCACGGAGCAACCAUCGCCAGUGGAGGCCAGCACAUCGGCAGCCACGGGAGGUGGAGUUGCGCCAGCAUCAGCGGCACCCAAGCCGCUGGCGGCGGCGACCUUUGGCCUGCAAUCGCUGAACAUCAACGACAACUUGCCCAUCAAGGCCAAGCCACUGACCAUCCGCAAGCAGCCUCUGUUCGAGCAGCCUCGUCUUAAGUUCAGCCAGUCCGGCCAAUCCGGCCAAUCCGGCACCAAUGGCCAACAGAAGCCGCCUCCGAUGCAAGUGCCAAAUCAACGGAAGUCAGAGCCUUCACUUAGACAGCCAGCGGAGGCCUUGAAAUCCACGCCGGACACCUCACCCCAGCACUCGCCGAGCAGUGAGUCCAGCGCGGACGAAACGGACCGCAUGGUGCCCCCAACGACAGGGGCCAGUCAGCAGGAGACGUCAACAUCCGCGUCAGCUACUCUGACGGCCACGACAACCAGCAACAUUAAGGAGCGAACGGGCGGAAAACCCAAGCUGGCGCGACGGGUGAGCUUCGAUCCUUUGGCCCUCCUGCUGGACGCCAGUCUCGAGGGCGAACUGGAGCUGGUCAAGAAAACGGCCAUGCAAGUUGCCAAUCCCAGUGCGGCCAACGAUGAGGGAAUUACGGCUCUACACAAUGCCAUCUGUGCCGGCCACUUUGACAUUGUCAAAUUCCUGGUUGAGUUUGGCUGCGAUGUGAACGCCCAGGACUCGGAUGGCUGGACGCCACUGCAUUGCGCCGCCAGCUGCAACAAUCUGUCCAUGGUCAAGUUCCUGGUGGAGAGCGGCGCCUGCCUGUUUGCCUCCACGUUGUCGGAUCACGAGACGCCAGCGGAGAAAUGCGAGGAGGAUGAGGAGGGCUUCGACGGCUGCUCCGAGUAUUUGUACAGCAUCCAGGAGAAGCUGGGCAUUCUGCACAAUGGCGACGUAUACGCCGUGUUCUCGUACGAGGCCCAGAACGGCGACGAGCUCUCCUUCCAUGUGAACGAGCCGCUGAUCGUGCUGCGCAAGGGCGACGAUGCCGAGAACGAGUGGUGGUGGGCACGGAAUGCCGGUGGCGAUGAGGGCUACGUGCCCCGCAACCUACUGGGGCUGUACCCACGUGUGCCGCCGCAUUCGCCGCACUUCAGCGAUUAGCAGUUAAUACGCUUCACCAUACUGAAGCGCAAGGCCGGUCGACUCAUCCAGAAGCGCUACAUAUCCAAGUACAUCUAGGAAGCAGGAGCUGGAUUUCUAGCCGAUUCUGGGCACGUGCCACCGCAGGAGUCAUCGGGGAAUUAUUUAUCACAGCCCCAUGUUUCUUUCUGUUUACUUUUUGUUUGGAAAAAAGCAACACAAAGGACGAGGAGCGAGGAGCGAGGAGCGAGGUGGUGGCCCACCCAUAUGCCCAACCAUAUGGAAUGGAGCCGACUGCAGCAGCUUCCGCCUCAGUCAUUUAUCCCGACGACUGGCCUCAAUUAGCCCAGCUCUCGCCCUGGGUUCAGCACACAUAUCACCCACAACCACCCCCUGCAUACGUACAACCGCAAAUUGAAUUUCACUUAAGCUCCUUAGCUUUAAGGCCUAGACUAAUAACUCAUAUCAGCCGCCUGCUCGCCACACAAACUUCACCUUCAAGUUUCUGCAGAAAAAAGUUCAAAUUGGAAAAUGGAAAAUUUGAAAUUUGAAUUUUGAAAUUCCUGGCUGCCCACACACACAGAAUGUUUCAUCUACGGCUAGCUGAAGGAGUUUGUUAAUUGCAUGUAUCAAGUUAGUACUUAAAACUUUAAUUGAACUCGUUCGAGUUCGAAGGUUCACACAAAUCGAAAGAAAACAUUUUAACAUAGAUAACAAAAACUGACACAAGGAGAAUAUAUAACGAAUCGAAUGUGAUUUUUGUAUAAAGACGAGAAUAACUUAAACAAUUUGUAUCGAAUAUGGAAAUGUAAAUUACAUAAAGCGGAUUCGUUGACAAGUAAUCGCAUUAUAGGAUAUACGUUCUAAUUUAACUUAAUUUAAUUAUAUUGUAUCGAUUGCUUAAUACCUAGCAUUUAAGGACAAACACAUUAAAAUGCAAAUACGUUUGAAAAAUGAAAAAAAUAAAACGAUUCAGAAAGCUUA